UAUCCACUCGCAGUCGUUUGAGAGUCGUCCACCGAGUCGGUUGCUGUAUGUUCCCAUCGUAGACAACAAGCGGAAUCAAAAUGCAAUUGAGAAGUGCUUUGCACAUCUUUUUCUUGGGCCUGGUGGCUCUCCAGCAGCUGGACUUGGGUGCUGGGUCCCGCAUCCUGGCAGCCUUCUUUUUCCCCGGGAAGAGCCACUCCAUGAUGACCAAUGCAAUCAUCAGGGAGCUGGUAAAACAAGGCCACGAAGUUACAUUCAUCACGGCGUUCUCCUUGGCCAAGGAAAACCUUGGUCCGAACUACAAGGAAAUAGUGAUUCCACACUACGAUUUUUGGCCAGAAAUUAAGCAGAUGACCAACAGAAACACCGUCCUGGAAAUGACAGAUUUGCCAUCCUUCUCCUUCCUCCGGAUGGUCAAUGUGAUGGGUGUCCACAGCACAGAUUUUGCAUUCGAGCAGCCGGAAGUUCAGGCGGUAAUCAAUGAAAAGAAUAAGGUCGGCAAGUACGAUCUGCUGCUGGCGGAGCAGUUCUUCAACGAGGGCGCCCUCAUCCUGGGACACCUGUACCAGAUCCCCAUCAUAACUAUUUCUACUUUCGGUUAUGCGAACUACCUCAGCCAACUGUUUGGCAUAAUGUCUCCAUGGUCGUAUGUCCCACACGCCUAUAUGCCGUAUACAGAUCGAAUGUCGCUGUGGGAGCGAAUUGGAAAUGUAGCCAUCAGUGGCGCCGAGGACCUUGUCAGGGAAUUCUCUUAUUAUCCCGGGCAGGAUGCCGUCUUGAAGAAGCACUUCUCCAAGCUGCUCGAUCGAGUUCCGACCAUAAAGGAACUGGAGCGGAAUAUCUCGGCCAUUCUGUUGAACACAUACAUGCCCUUGGCUUCAGCCAGACCCUUGGCUUAUAAUAUGAUUCCCGUGGGCGGACUGCAUAUUCAGCCACCCAAGGCGUUGCCGGAGCACCUUCAGAAGUUCCUGGAUGAAGCUACCCACGGAGCUAUUUACUUUAGCUUGGGCUCCCAGGUGCGUAGUGCAGAUAUGCCCCCUGAAAAGCUGAAGAUAUUUCUGGACGUGUUUGGCAGUCUGAAACAGCGCGUUCUAUGGAAAUUCGAGGAUGAAACUCUUCCCAAUCUGCCGGCGAAUGUAAGAGUGCAGAGUUGGCUGCCCCAGGCCGACAUCCUGGCUCAUCCCAAUGUCAAGGUUUUCAUUGCCCACGGCGGACUCUUUGGCACCCAGGAAGCGGUGCACAACGGAAUUCCAAUUCUAGGAAUGCCCGUCUAUUGCGAUCAGCACCAGAACAUUAAUCAGGGAAAGAACGCGGGAUACGCGUUGGGCCUGGAUUACCGGACAGUCUCUGUUGAAAAGCUGCGAGGUCUGCUUCUGGAACUGAUUGAGAAUCCCAAGUACAGGAAUAACAUGAAGAGGGCUUCGCGGGUGUUCCGCGAUCGACCUCUUGGCGCCAUGGAUACGGCGAUGUACUGGAUAAACUAUGUGAUAGAGCACCGAGGAGCUCCCCACCUGGUGGCUGCCGGCGUGGAGCUGCCCUGGUACCAGUUCUACCUCCUGGACAUAGUGGCUCUUGCUCUGGCCGCCAUUCUCCUGCCAAUUGCGGCUUUAAUCCUCAUCUGCCGCAGAAGCUCUUCAAAACCAAAGAAGAACCCAAGCAAGAAGACAAAGAAAAAUUAAAACAAAAACUUUAGGUUUAUUUUGUCAACAAAACAUAACAGAUAACGAUAAUGUCGUAGUAAAUUGUUAAAAUUAAACUAAAGUGCCUGCUCAAAUGGUAUUGUCAUAACGAAAAUUAUAGUUAAAUCGUACGUAGAACUUUUAAAAUUGAAUUUGAUCCACGUCGAUCUUCACACAAUAACUUGCUAUACACCAUCAACACUUUACAUUGUAGAAUUUCUAAAUAAAUGUGCAUCCAGAACAAACACUGAUUCACCACUCAGUGAUGAUCUUUUUGCAUUAUUCAGUGUUUAUAUUCUUAUAAAAGCAAACUUUUAUAGUAAAGAAUCUUAGUACACCA